GAGUUACUUUGAAGAUUUUAUUUUUUUAGAAAAUGUAGCUCGAAGAAGUCAAUAAAUACCUGAUUUAAUGCGCAGAUAUUAGUUAUUUAACAUAACUAAAAUAAAGUAUCGAAUGCCAUUGAAAUAAUUCUUCAUUCCGAUGAAAAUAAGGCCCACAACGGCAUGAAAAAGUUGAAACGAAAUAUUCUUUUCCACAGCUGUUCUUUUAUUUGUUGACAAAUACAUUUGAGGUCAGAGUACAAGAGACAUCAAAUGCUGGCAAACAGGGACAGUAACUCUUAGUUUGUGCACUGACUGAGUAGCAGAUACAGGAAUCAUGUUGUACAUUUUUCAUGUUGAUACUGGUACCAUGAUGACCUUUGACAUGAACCUUGCAAUGGAAAAGGUCAUUAAUUUGCAAGGAGUAAUAGCAAGGGGUUGUCGGAUAUCAGAGGAUAAACAGGUGCUUCUUAUAAGUGGUGGAGAAAGUCUGGACCCUAAUGCUGUUGUUGGAAAAUACCAUGCAGGAACGGACACCAACCCAAUAUUUUUGUUUAGCAAAAGUACCAUCGAAAGUGCUAUACCUCCAUCACCAAGUGUUAAUUAUGGAUCAGACAUAGAUCUACAAGGUCAAGUUGAAGGUUCACUUUUGAUGCCACCAGCUUAUGAAACAGUUGUAUCAAGGGCUCAGCUUGCUUUGCAAUUUCAAGAUGUGGAUACAGAGGAGUUAAAAGCCUGUGAAAGAUUGAUACAUGACCAACACUUACAGCAACAAGGCUGGGCUGCAGUUGUUGCUAACCUUGAAGAUGUAACAAGUGAACUUCAGAAUAGGUCAGAGACAUUUCAUGAGACAUACAAACAGUAUCUGGAGGACAGACAGUCUUAUAGGGACCUUAUUACAAGUGUUACAGAGUCUCUACAGUUAUUGUCCAAGAUUCCAGUGAUACCUUCUUUAGUGAGAUCUUGUGACGUAACACCAGUAGACUGCAGCUCUUCCACUGAAGAUCUAGCUAAAUUUUCUCUCUUUGAUUGGAUCAGCUCACAAGACACCAACCAUACCUUACAUGACAUGGUGGAACAAUGUGGGAAAGCUACGGAACAGUUGGAUGAGAAGGUAGAUGAGUCAUUGAAGGGUGAGGUGGACCAAAUGAUGAAAGAAGUACAGAAUGAUGGUAUGAAAGAGGUAAAAGGUCUGGAGGAUAGGCUGUAUGGACUAGAUCAGAUAAUCUCUGGCGCCAGAAAAAUAGUACAAGAACAGGCAGAAUUAGCACAGGGAUUUGUACAGAACCAGAAUAGGUUAAGCAAUAUACGGGACAGAUCAAUUUUGCCUGAUCUAUGUUCUAGUCAUCGUAAUCAGCUGAUUGAAAUGAUGAAAAAUCAUUCACGACUUAGAGAAAUCAAGAAGAAAUGCCGCAUGGCUAAAGAGGAACUUUCUGUUAACCUACACACAAGAUUAAGAUGGGUAAUGUAUGUAGAAAAGAAGAUAUGUGAUGUAGAUGGUAAACUGACAAUAUAUCUAGGUAACCUUAGAAGAUUAAGGAAGCGUCUUGACAUCUUACAGCAAGUUCAAGACUCUCCUAAAGUCUAUGCACAACUUAUGAUUGAAGUCGUUCGAAGAAAACAAUUCUCUAGCAAGUUUCUAUCUUGGGCUAAUUCUUUAGCUGAGGACUCUAGCAGAUUACAUGCUGAAGAACUAAAGAGAAGGGACUCAUUUUUAAGGAUAAUAGGUCAUCAUUUCUUGCAAGCAAUGUUCCAUGGAUUUGAAGAUUUUCCACCGGCAUUUGCUACUGAGGCUCCAGAAGAGUUUGAUGGAAAUCUUCCUGAUAUUACUGCUGAUGAUAUAAAACAACUGAAAGAAGCAGUGCCAGAAUUGUCAGGUGUUCUCAGUGUACCAGUUGAAGAAGAUUUGUUUGUGGCUUUAACAAACGUUCAGGACCCCAUGGUACAGUGGGUUGACAGUUCGGAACCAAAUUUGAAAGUGCUGACAGUACCUCGUAAACUUUCACGUGCCAGGUCAGACUCUGAUGCUGUACAUGAGGAGCAUAUGCAGCCUUAUUCUAUAGAAGGUGGAAGUAUCUCCCUAGGUGACCAGUUUGAGGAAUGUAAAGUUGAGGAGGAGGAUUUAGUGUGUAAACCAAGAUUCGACUCUCUCAGUCCACCAGAUAAAGAGUUCCUGCUCCCUAAAAGCUUAUCAGAAGAACUGACUUUAGAAAUGAAGAAACAAGAGGCAGCGCUCAAAAAAGAGCUUUGUGAUGUGACUGAUGAUUCUAAAAGGAAAGAAGGAAAUUCCAACUCUACUUCCACAACCCCAAUUCCUAGCCUUCCCACAGUCAAACAUCGUGUAUCUCGCAAGUCCUUAACUGACACAUCCCCUGAUAUGGAAACCUCACAGGAAUUCACCACAGCUGAUUUCUAUUUUGAUGAGUCUAUGCCUUCCUCAAUAGAAUCCCCUCCUAAAUCUAGUACUGAAAUGAAAGUUAAUCAAGAACAAAUUAUUCUUGCAGAGAAACAGCUCAAUGCUAAACUACAAUUACAGUUAAAAGAAAGUAAUAAAAAACUAAGUCAGAAUGAAAAAACAUUAAAAGCCUUGUGUGAGUUUGUUGAAAAUAAAAUUCCUUCAUUGAGAGACAAUGUGAAAGAUUUAAAAAAGGAACAAAAAGAUCAUAUUCAGAAUGUGCUAGUAGAUAUGGAAGAUUUGCGGACAAAUGUGAUUCAGAUGGUUCAAACAUAUGACAAAGUAGUUACUGAAAAUAACGAAGCUAUGCUAGACAAGUUAACAGCUGAAAAAGAUAAAAGAUCAAAUGAGCUGAGUGAAUUGUUGGAAUUAGAAACAAAGAAAGCUAAGGAUUUACAAGAAAGUCUGGAAAGACUUGAGGAAGAAAUGAAGGAGAAGGAGUUGAAAGUAAGUGAGUUAAAAGAGCAAGAAAGUCAGUUUGAAACAAAACUUGAAGAAGUGAGAAAUGGAUUGUUAAGUGAAAUAAAAGAAUUGACUCAGAAAUAUGAACUUGAAGUAGAGGUUGAAGUUGAUAAAGCUAGGUCAGAAAGUUCAGUGUCUAUAAGUAAUUUAGAGAAAGAAUUAGCAGAUAAGACUAAUGUCAUUUGUGAAAAGGAAAGUGCAAUAAAGACAUUGGAGAAGGAAAAGAUUAAAUUGGAAGAAAAUCUUAUGGAUAAGUUUCAGGUUGAAAAAGAGCAAAUCUGUGAUAUUUUAGAAAUUGAAUAUGAACAAAAACUUGCAAAUGCAGAAAAAGAGCAUAAUGAAAAAGUUGAAAUGAUGAAGCAGUCAAUUGUUGCUGAGUUAAAAGAAAAACAUGAAACAGAGACAAAACAAAAGUUAGAUGACCUAAAGCAAAGUUUGAUGGUUGAAAAAGAGCAGGCUGUUGAAAUGACCCAAAGUUUGAUGGUAACCGAACACUCAAAAGCUGCUGAUGAAAUUAAACAGAAGUUGAUAGAUGAGAAAUCAGCAGAGAUGGCAAAGUAUUCAGAAGAAAUGGAGAGUAAAUAUCAGGAUGAUGUAGCAAAGUUAAGUGCAGAAUUCAAUAAGGAAAAAGAAUUGUUAUUCAAUGAAUUAAGUGCAUUAAAGAAUAGGGAAUAUUCACACAUUGAAAGUCAGACUGUAAACUCUGUGUUUAAUGUUAGUGAUAAUGAUGCUCAAACAAAUUCAGCCCCUGCACAGCUUGAUUCACAAGCACAGACAAAUGUAACAGAACAGUUGACUGCUUCAAUGCAGACUGAUCCAAGUGACCAAACUCAUUUAGCAAUACAAACUGACACCACAGAUACCAAAAGCUCAACAAUGCAAACAGACAAAGCUGAGGUAAAUGAACAUUCUGGACAGACUGAUGUCACACAGUUGUAUGAUAUGUCUGUACAGACAGAAAUUUGUGAUACUGGCUGUGAGAAAACUACCUGUGAUACUCCAGACAAGAUGGCAUCAGUGUCCGAUGAUAAAAGUGAGACACCUUCAAAUGGUAAUGCAGAGGAAAAGGUUGGAUCAGAUAACCACAAUACCACCAUUGAAGAAAUGAAGAAUGCUUUACAGGCUGAAUAUGACCAGAAGUUGGCAAAGAUGGAAGAGGAUCACAAUGCAGAGAUCAGUAAACUUAUAGCACUAAUAGAGAAAGAGAAAGAAGAUGCACAACAACUUAAAUCUAGUCUUACAUCUAUGACUGGUGAUAAACAGACCAAGUUUAAUGAGGCAGUGAACAGAGUUAGUAAAGAAAAGGAUAGAGUGAUAGAAGAAUUGAGAAUAAAAGAGAGUAAAGUUGUAGAAGAUAUCAAAAAGUUGAAAGGGCAAAUAGAAACGUUGAAGGAGGAGAAAAGUAAGGCAGAGGAUAUCAAGGAACGAGCUUUGUCUUUCCUCAAGGACAAGGAGGCUAAUCAGCGUCUACUAGAGAGUGAACUAGGCUUGGCCCAGCAACAGGUGAUACAAUACAAGGAACAACUACAGAAUUUGGCACCAGACUCUUCGGAUAUUACAGUAACUAAAUCAUCAUCUUCUGUUGUCAAAAUAAGUGAUCCAGAAGAACCUGCUUUACAUCAGAGAAUAAAAGACCUUGAAGAUGUGGUUAGAUUAAAGGAUGAAGAAUUAAGUAAAAUGCAACAGAAAGUGAUGGAGCUGUCCAUGUCAGCAAGUACAAGGUCUUUAGUCCAAGAUAAGGUUUCUAUUACAAGUUGUCAUGUAGGAGAUCUUGUGUUGCUAUGUCUAGAUGAACGACUCGACCAGUAUGUUGUAUUCACUGUUGGUACAACUUUACAUUUUCUUCAUACUGACUGUUUGUCACCAUUAGGUCUUAAAUCAGAAGGUGGUGAAUGUAAGAAACAAUGGCUGAUUGCUGAAGUCAUAGAUAAAGAAUAUUGUCAAGCUAAAAAGUCAAACAACAGAUUCAAAGUACCAGUCGGCACCAAGUUUUACAGAGUUAAAGCUAAACGCUGGACAAGAGAAGGUAACCAGUCUCCAGUGAAAAAAUCUGAUACUGCAUCAGGCUCUUCAUGACAUUCCUUAUAAUAGACAACACAGUCUGGUGUAUGAAUUUCAUGUUGUAAACCACUCUGAGUUUGCUUCCUUGCCAUUGGUCAGAUUUAAAUGUGUGCUAAGAAACAACCAACCAGAUCAUGAACUUUUUAAUCUGGUGCCCUGUCACAAACCGCUUUAUAAUUAUAUAAUAAGCCUAGAAAAUUUUGUUAAGUUGAAACCUCCAUUCCUGAAACAGUUCUUUGUUAAUCAAAUUGUUUUGAAUCCAUUGCAUUUUUCAAGUCAUAUUUAUUUCAAAUUAGUUUUUUUGUGUACAGCUUUGUUUCAUUUUUUAGCUCGACUUUUCGAUAAGAAUAAGUAGAGCUAAUGUAGUCACCCGAGCGUCGGCGUAACCACGUAUGUUAAAGUUUUUGUAAUACUGUAUAAGUGGUUUUUUCUGCGGGCUCCAAAUUCUGCGUUUUUUUCAAAUUUUGGCAUGUUUUUAUUUCUGCGGAUUUUAUUUCUGCGACGCAUCUUUUGGACAAAACGUGAUUUUAAUUCUGCGGCUCAUCUUAUCAAAGUCUAAGUCACAUUACUCUACCUAUUUUAUUUGCAUGUACACAUUUGCAUAAAAAUUUUGUUUAUCGUCGUCACUGCAAAACUAUAUAGUAAUUACAAACAAUUAUAUUGUUAGUAAUUACAAACAAUUAUAUUGAUUGCUUGCAAACAAAUAUAAUGCGCAACAAUAGACAGUAUGCAUCUUUUGUUCAGCAUGAAAUGAUGUGUGAAAAAUAUACCCUGGAAGUAUCUUUGAUUUAAUAAAAUUGAUAAAAGUUUUUCGUAAAUCAAACAACAAUUAAUGCAUACGACGAUUAUUUAGCAGUG